AGCAAACAAAAGGAAAAAGGAAAACAAAUGUCAUCUCUUAUCUAGACAUGAAAGCAAGUUGCCAAGUCCAUAAAGAUACCGCUAGCAAAAAUAUCCCUAAAAAAUGAACCAAUAUCCAACACUAGAUAUUUUUUUAAAUGAAACAAAUAAAGACAAAAAUACCCCCUACUAUAAUAUAUCUUAAACUUCCACAAUUCCAUUAGUCAUUCCAAUUUUCCCACAAAUAAAAAAAAAGUAUGUCACAUGAGGAUAUUUCUGAAUGGCAACAAAUCCCAUAUUCUUCAUCUUCAACUAGAACCAAUAAUAAUAACAAUAAUACUCAAAUAGCUUCUGAUGAAAUGACUAUUUUGCCCUUGAUUGAGGAUAUUACUAUUGAUAAUAAUAAUAGUAAUGAUGAAGAUGAUGAGAAGGGUGAAUAUGGAAAUAAGUGGUUGAAAAAGAGUUUAAGAGAAUUGAGUUGUUGGAUUGUUCAAGUGACUUCAAAGAUGAGAAAUUAUGCUUCUUCUAAAGUUGGAAUUGGAAAAUUCACUUAUAAUAGUAGAAUAUUGACAUUUCUUUUGGUUCCAUUGUUUUAUUGGAUGAUAAAGAAAAAAUGGAGGAGGCAAAGACAAAUUGAUAAUACUUCUAACAAACUUAUGCUACUUGUCCAAGAAAAAGACCAGAAAAUCGAACAAUUAUCGCUCCAAAUUAGCCAGAUGAAUGAGUCCCUUCUAACACGGCGAAAAGUUCCGGUCCUUCAAGUAGGCUAAUAUAUACACUACCCAUUAGUUGUUUGUUGUGCAAGUAUAUAGUUAAAGAAGAUAUCUUAUUAGUAUUUGGUAUGAAAUAUUAUGUACUCUUUUUAAAUGCAAUGCUUUCUUUCUUUUACUUUCGGAGGAGAUAUAGAAAGUGUGUCGUGUUUAGAUUUGGUAUCAA